GUGGUUACGUGACGAGUUCGUGCGUUGGGUUGAGCGGUCUUUGGGAGAAUCGUUGAAUUUAGGUGUCGUGGUUCCUGAAGGGAUAGGGCAUCUGAUAAGCCAAUUAGUCGGCAGGGAUGCCUGUCGCCCUGCUGGAGCUGGAGGAUGGUAGCGCGGCCGACCCUCCGGCGGCCGACGGCACCGAGGAGUCGACCGACGCCGCCAACUCCGGCGGCGAAGUGCCGCACAAGCCCAAACACGUGGUCGGCAUCAUUUACCCGCCGCCGGAAGUGAGGAACAUCGUCGACAAGACCGCAAGCUUCGUGGCCCGGAAUGGGCCCGAGUUCGAGUCGCGGAUCCGACAGAACGAGCUCAACAACCCUAAGUUCAACUUCCUCAAUGGCGGCGACCCGUACCAUGCCUACUACCAGCACAAGGUCGACGAGAUCAGAGAAGGAAAGUCAGAGCCGGUGGGCACGUCGAAGCCGCUGGUACCGCUGCAGCUGACGCCGCAGACGACCGGCGGCGCGGCGCCCGCGCCGGCCGCCGCCACCGCCGCCGCCACCGGCAGCGGCCAGGUGCGCGCCGGCCAGGAGAUGUUCCGGCCGGCCGUUGAGAAGCAGAUGGUGGUGACGGAGCCGCCGGCCGAGUACGAGUUCAUCGCCGACCCGCCCUCCAUCUCGGCCGUCGACCUGGACAUUGUGAAGCUGACGGCUCAGUUUGUGGCUCGGAACGGUCGCCAGUUCCUCACCAACCUGAUGAAUCGAGAACAGCGCAACUACCAGUUUGACUUCCUGCGGCCGCAGCACUCCCUGUUCCAGUACUUCACCAGACUGCUCGAGCAGUAUACUAAGGUGUUGAUCCCGCCCAAAGACCUGAUGGCCAAGCUGGACGCCGAGUGCAACUCGCCGGCGCAGGUGCUGGACCAGGUGCGCUACCGUGUGCAGUGGGAUCGGCUGCAGGAGGCGCGCAAGCGGCGCGAGGAGGAGGCCGUGGAGCGCGAGCGCGUCUCAUACGCGCAGAUCGACUGGCACGACUUCGUGGUGGUCGAGACUGUGGACUACCAGCCGUGGGAGCAAGGCCAGUUCCCGCCGCCCACCAACCCCGGCCAGGUCGGACAGCGCGUCCUCAUGCAGGAGCGGAUAGACGACGGCGAGGAGAUGCAAAUGUCCGACGAGGAACCCGAGCCGGAGCCGGAGCCAGAGGAGAGCUCGUCCUCGUCCGAGGACGAGGAGGACGAGGGGCGGCCUCAGCGGCCGGCCGACGGCGGCGUGGCGGACAACACGCAGGUGCAGGACAUGGAGGAGGACUCGGACGAGGAGGCGGACGAGGGCCGCCGGCCGCCGCCGCCGGCAUCGCGCUCCCAGCCGCCGCCGCCGCUGCCGCCUAAGCCCGACCAGGUGGUCAUCAAGAAAUACGACCCCAAAGCGGCGGCCAAGCCGUCGCGCGGGCCGGCGCCCGACGAGUACCUGAUCUCGCCGAUCACGGGCGAGCGCAUCCCGGCCAACCAGGUGGCCGAGCACAUGCGCAUCGGCCUGCUGGACCCGCGCUGGCUCGAGCAGCGCGACCGCCAGCUCAACGAGAAGGUCAACCAGGAGACAGUGUUCGCCACCGGCGGCGACAUCGGCUCCCACCUGCAGAAUCUGGCCGAGCGCCGUACCGACAUCUUCGGCGCCGGCGACGAGGAGACCAUCAUCGGCAAGAAGAUCGGCGAAGAGGAGAAGCGCGCCGACGACAAGAGUAUCUGGGACGGCCACACAGCCAGCGUGGAGGCGGCCACGCGCGCCGCCCGCGCCAGCGUCACCAUCGACGACCAGAUCAGCCACAUCCACAAGUCGAAGGGUCUGCUGGAGGACAACGAGCGAGAGCGGAUCGGUCCCAAGAAGGGCCGCGACCGACGCGACCGGCGCGACCGGGACCGCGAGCGUGACCGCGACAGGGAGGAGCGCGAGAGGGAGAGAGACCGGGAGCGCGAGAGAGAGCGGGAGAGAGAGCGGGAGGAGCGUCCGGCGCCGCAGCCGCUGCUGCUGCGGCCUCCGCUGAUGGCGCCGCAGGGCGUUAUGAUGGCACCGCGGCCGCCUGUCGUCCUGCCGCCGCGCCCCAUGUUCGCCAUGCAGGCCGUGCCGGCCGGCUUCAUGCCGCAGAUGCAGCCGGCGCCUGGACCGCCGAUGCAGGUGAUGUCUGCGCCGGAGCCCAUGAUGCUCAGCAACGAGGACGAGCCACCCAACAAGAAGCAGCGCACCGAGGACAGCCUCGUACCCGAAAGCCACUGGCUGGCCCGCCACCCCACGGGCCAGGUGACGUUCCGCGUGUCGGUGCCGGUGGUGGCGGACAAGCCGGAGUGGCGGCUGAGCGGCCAGAGCCUCUCGCUCACCAUGCCGCUCACCGACAUGGUCUCCGUGGUGAAGGCCCGCCUGCACGACGAGACCGGACUGCCGCCCGGCAAACAGAAGCUGCUCGGAGAGGGCAUUUUCUUCAAGGACUCCAAUACGCUGGCAUAUUACAAUGUGGCCAAUGGCAGCACCAUCAACCUGCAGCUGAAGGAGAGAGGCGGUCGGAAGAAGUGAUCGUGCAGUCAGCUGUGUCCAGUCAAAGAGGUUCAUUCGCGGCCUGAGAAUAGCAGUUAACUGCGAGCUGAUUUUCGUCGUCAUACACAACAUCCCACUUUGUGUCGUUCUGUGGCCAGAGCCCGCCAGGCGACCAUCAUCUCAGAUGUGUGCGACCUGCGGACAGAACUUGAGCAGCCCGUACUCUGUACCGAGGUUCGAAUACACGGCUGAAGUAUG